UAUAUAUUAGAUUUUCGGGUAAUACUACAUUCUCACGCUCAUUUGAAAAUUUCAGUAGUUUUUACACUUGAUAAAAUUAUUUUUACAAGUGUAACGCAACGAAACAUUUUAUGCUUUAUGCAAAUCCGGCGGGCUGGAGCAGCCUGCCAUGUGAAUUGGGCUCUGCCUCCCCGUCCCUUAAAGGACCGGCGGAGUGUUUCCUCAUGUCGUCAGCAGACGCCGUGAAGCGGUAUGGAGGUCUAGGGCUGCAGGCGGUGGUACUGGACCCGGUUGCGCAGUAAAAAAAAAAAAAAAAAAUCCGAAGAAGAAUAAAGAUCAAAAAAGAAAAUGUCCCCCCGGCUACGCUGCUGCCUUCUGGUGAUAUUCUUACCGACGGCGCUGUGUCUGGAUCUCCGAGAGCGCUCCGCGUAUAGCGGCGGCUCGCAGGCUGGAGCAGCGUCGGUUCGGACUUGGGAGAUCGGCCGCGGAGCCGGCGAGCGGUCCGGUGUGGAGAAGCAACGCGCUUCAACGCGCCACCAAGUUCGCGGAAGGAGCAUCGCAGGGGAUGGGGACCGGGAGCCUGACGCGUGCGGAGCCCUUCGCGGUUAUGAAGCCGCGGUGGCCGACAAUACCCACAGUUAUGUUUUCAACGACCUGAGUGGCUCUGUUUCGCUGGCCUGGGUGGGCGACGGUACAGGCGUGGUGUUGGCCCUGACAACCUUUCAGGUUCCUUUCUUCAUGGUCAAGUUCGGCCAGUCCAAGCUGUACAGAAGUACUAAUUAUGGGAAGACGUUCCAGGAUGUCACAAAUCUCAUCAACAAUACCUUCAUCCUGACUGAGUUUGGCAUCGCCAUCGGCCCUCAGAAUUCCGGAAAGGUGAUUCUGACAGCCGACGUGUCGGGGUACCAGCGGGCGCGGCUCUUCCGCUCCGUGGACUUUGGGAACAGCUUCACCCACGCAGACCUGCCCUUCCAGCCGCUGUCUCAGGUCUCCUACAGUCCCCACAAUACCGACGUGCUGCUCGUCAUCAGCCUGUCGAAUGACCUCUGGCUGUCGGAGGAUUUUGGUGGGAAGUGGAGGAGAAUCCACCAGUCAGUGUGUCAGACCAAGUGGGGCGCAGAGGGCACCAUCUUCUUCACCACCAGCUUGAAUGCAUCCUGCACAGGUGAGAGGGGCAGGUUGGAGCUGAGGAAGACCACGGACUUCGGGGAGACCUUCAAGACCAUCGGAACCAAGAUCUUCGCCUUUGGGCUGGGGGGACGCUUUAUAUUUGCCUCAGUCAUGACUGGCAGGGGUUCCUUGCGCGUGAUCCAUGUCUCCAUGGAUCAGGGCGAGGUGUGGAACAUGGCCCAGCUUCCUCCAGUGGGUCAUGAGCAGUUCUACUCCAUCCUGGCUGCCAAUGACGACAUGGUCUUCAUGCACGUGGAUGAACCUGGCGACACUGGCUUUGGCACCAUCUACGUCUCGGAUGACCGCGGCACAGUUUACUCCAAGUCACUGGAGCGCCACCUCUACACGACCACAGGGGGCGACACCGACUUCACCAACAUCACCUCCCUGCGUGGUGUCUACAUGACCAGCGUGUUGGCUGAAGACAGCUCCGUGCAGACGGUCAUCACCUUCGACCAGGGUGGCGAGUGGAGGCUGCUGCAGAGGCCCAGGGGCAGCAAAUGCGACGGCACAGCCAAGAACAAGGAAGUGUGCAGCCUGCAUGUUCACGCCUCCUUCAGCAUGACCAUGAAGCUGAACGUCCCCAUGCUGCCGCUGUCUGAGCCCAACGCCGUGGGUCUUAUCCUGGCCCAUGGGAGUGUGGGAGACGGCAUCUCGGUGAUGACGCCUGAUGUGUAUGUGUCUGACGACGGGGGCUACUCCUGGCUCUGGGCCCUCAGGGGCCCCCACCACUACGCCAUCUUGGACUCCGGGGGGCUGCUGGUGGCUGUGGAACAUACCCCCUCCCGGCCGAUCCACCAGAUCAAGUUCUCCACAGAUGAGGGCCAGUGUUGGCAUGUUUACAACUUCACCCAGGAGCCCCUGUUCUUCACAGGCCUGGCGUCUGAGCCCGGCGCACACUCCAUGAACGUCAGCGUCUGGGGCUACCGGGAGGUCAUGCUCACUCGCUACUGGGUCUCCAUCACUGUCGACUUUGGCCAGCUUUUCUCCCGGGACUGUGAUGAGAAGGACUACGUUCAGUGGCUGGCGCACUCUGAUGACAUCAGCAACCCUGAUGAUGGCUGCAUGCUGGGAUACAAGGAGAAGUUCCUACGGCUGCGCAAAGACUCUGUGUGUCUGAACGGGCGCGACUACGUCGUCAACAAGCAGCCCACGCCGUGCCGCUGCACGCUUGAUGACUUCCUGUGCGACUUUGGUUACUACCGGCACGAGAACAGCUCUGAGUGUCUGGAGCAGCCCGACCUCCAGGGGCACAUCCUGGAAUUCUGCUUGCAUGGCCGGAAGGAGCAGCUGCAGACGAGCGGCUACCGGAAGAUUCCGGGUGACAAGUGCGAGGCCGGAUUCAUGCCUGAGCGGAAGAUGAUCGACCUCAGCGUGAAAUGUGUCAGCAACCUGCUAGAGACAGGGCUGUUGAGCAAGAGGCAGCCCUACAGCCCGGUGACCAUUGUGGCCGCUGUCAUCGUGGUCAUGCUGAUGAGCGCCGUUGCUGGUGUGCUCUUCGUUAAGAAGUACGUCUGCGGUGGAAGGUUCCUGGUCCAUCGGUAUUCGGUUCUCCGGCAACAUGCGGAAGCUAAUGGCACUGAAGGGUUGGACGAACUGGACAACCAGGGAGCUGGGUCUGGGAAGAGGGAUUACCACGACGACUCAGAUGAGGAUCUCCUGGAGUAAAAGGAGCAGCAGUGAAAUCACAGCACAGCAUCUCCACGCCCUGAUUCCUGCUCGAUGGCUCUCUCUGCCCCUCCUCUGUAGACCCUCGUUUCAUUCUUUGUUCUGACCUUUCUUGCUACCUAUCAUCUAUCCCCCCCCCCCCCAAAAUAAAAUCCGCUGGCAGCUCAGCCAAUGGGGAGAGCAGGACCUGGCUCUCAGUCCCACACGCAUGGUGUCUAAGCACCGCUCUGGGCAGAUGUCUUUCUCCUCACAGUUUUUCAAAGGUCUUAAGCCUCCCGAGUUGGGAUGGACCUGUACUUGGUGACAUGCGGCUGUUAUCGGGUCGAGGUGGCAGGAUGGGGGCCGCUGAGCCGCCAGCUGACCGACUGACUCAGUACUGAGCCCCCUGUCGUGCUCCGGGAGUCCGUGGGUGACGGAGGAAAGCGGUACCAGCGGAAACACACAGACAUGAUCUUCAUACCAGGUCUGCUUAGGUCUUUCAGAGUGAUCCACAUUUCUGUGCGACUUUAGAGCUUGAAAGUAGUUUUAAAUUUAAUCGGUGUGCUUUUUGUCCCGUCUCUCUUGGGAUCCACCUGGAUAUAAUAACUUGGUCAUUUUGGAGCCAACGGAUUGUGGGAAAUCGCAGCCCUAAAAAUCUGUCAGGUGGGAUGAAAUGUGUUUAAAAACAGGUGCUAAACUGCAGUGAAAUUCCCACCUUUGUAUAUAGAGUUGUAAGCAAUAAAAAGGUUGUUGCAAUACCUUAGUUAUAAUCCACCAAACAUGUAAUUGAAGUCACACGUCUAGAGAGUCACAUGCAAAUAUACCUGAGACAUACUCCUUUUACCACAAGCUUGUAGAGUACAGUAAGUAAAUCAUUUAGAUUCUCAUGGACCUCAGAUGAGGGUGGAUGCAGCUUGGGUCACAUGGUCACAGUAUUUCUGUCACUCAUUAAGGAGGAUUGGUGGAACUUGGAUGAGCUACUGCAGUGUAGGUAGGUGAAUGUAAUAUGACAGCUUUGCGGUCCCGUGUUACAGGAAGUGACAGGAUUGCUGUAGUGUGCAGCACUGAAUGCUUCAGAGAUGAUUAGAAAACAAACCUUUGGACGUGAACUUUGGCUAUUCAGCCCCCCCCCCAUAAAUAACUUGUACUCAGGCUUAACCUAUGGCUGAAUAUCUAGGCAAAAUGCAGAAUCCAGUUGCCACUUUCAGCUGAGCAGGAUGCCCUCCUAGAAGCACACAUUCCGCUCUCUGCCAUAAUGUUGUAUGUGAUCCUUCUUCCACGUGGCUGGGUGAUGUGGUGCUGAUGUGGUGGUGAUGUGGUGCUGAGGAGGCGAGGCCUUCUAGCAGGUCCUUCUCCAAAAAUGACGAUUCCUCUUUUUUUUUUGGCUGUACAUAAUGCAUCAUUUCAGAAAGACGACGUAGACUGAAAUCUACCAUGUGAAGUCAGUGUCAGUGUUACAGUACAACCGACAUGUUUGUGUAGGCAAAGCAGAAAGGGUCACUGCAUUGCAUGUUACCAUCCACCGAGGCUGACAAAGGUUCUCUGCUGAAAGGGCCACUUAGAGUGCUUAAGGUAAGGCAAAGAAGCCUCCGUCUUGUAUUGUUAGUAUUUAUUAUAUGUAGUUCUGCACUGACGUCUCCAUCAUGCGUGUGGUUCUAUAAAUGAAAAACAAAUGGAUCCUUGCACGCAUCAUCAUUCACCAGCAUGGAUCCUAAAUAAAAUUUAUUUAAUUUUAAUAUCAGAACGAUAAAUAGCGACUCGGUGAAUGAACCACACAUGCAUAUUCAGGCCUGAAAAUCACACCAUGUCACCGACACUUAGAAUCUCAAGCCCCGCUGGUAACUUUCUCCCAGGAGGCUUUGCAGAGCCUCUACCUUUAAGUAGCAGAUGUGUACAAGUGAAAAGGCAGGAUCAGCCAAGUCCUGGAGGGGUGGGGGCUAAGGGCCUCGAUCCCUCCCUCUACCCUGGGAUUCGAACCAGAAGCCGCACGCUGCCCCCCCAGCUGGUAGAAACCAUGUCAAUGCAGAACUAUCAUUCUAUGCAGAUGUGUGAAAAUCCUCGUCUCUCUUCAGCAUACUUGAGAUUUCAAGCGGUUGGUUUGAUUGGUUUGGUUUUGUUGCUACACGCAAAGUUUGAUGUGGUUCCCGCUGUUCAGUGUUGUACAACUCAAGUCUUGCUUUCAUUAAAUAGGUUUUGUUUGUAUAUUGGAAAGCAAUACUCCAGUUUACAAAUAAACUCAAUGUUACUUUA